CGCCGUAGCGCUUGCUGUCGCCGCCGCCGCCGCUCGACUUCUCCGGGCGCGGGGGGGCGGGCAGAGAGAGAGAGAGGCAGCCAUUGUUGUUGUCCUUCCUCCUGCCGCCGCCAAGAAUCAAAAGCGGUCGAGGUUGCGGGGGGGGGGGGGCGCAGAGGCGCACUGCGGGACUCGCCUCAGCGAAGCGCAACUGGGCCUUCCUCGUGCAGAAUUAGCAGCACCAGCAGCAGCAGCCAUGUCUGCCGGCGGCGAAGUGGAGAGGCUGGCGGCGGACCUGAGCGGGGCCGGCGCCGGGGAUGAGGAGGAGGAGUGGCUCUAUGGCGAUGAAAAUGAAGAUGAGAAACCUGAGGAAACACCUGGCAAUGCUCAACCUCCAACUGGAAAUGAAGAAGAAGCCACUGCUGAAAAUGGUGUCGUGAAAACGAAAGCAACAGAAGCUGAGGAUGACAGUGAUAGUGAUAGCGAUGACGAUGAAGACGAUGUUCAGGUCACGAUAGGAGAUAUUAAAACAGGAGCCCCACAAUAUGGGUAUGGAGCAGCCCCUGUGAAUCUCAAUAUCAAGACAGGAGGACGAUCUUACGGAUCUUCUGGGGCAAAAGUGAAAGGAGUUGAUCUGGAUGCACCAGGAAGUAUUAAUGGUGUUCCACUAUUAGAAGUUGAUUUGGAUUCCUUUGAGGAUAAACCUUGGAGAAAGCCAGGUGCUGAUCUCUCAGAUUAUUUCAAUUAUGGGUUUAAUGAAGACACCUGGAAAGCAUACUGUGAAAAACAAAAGAGAAUACGAAUGGGACUUGAAAUUUUACCUGUUACCUCAACGACAAAUAAAAUUACGGCCGAAGACAUUGCUAUGGAAGUAACGCCAGGGGCAGAGAUUCCAGAUGGCACAUACAAUCUUUUUAAGGUGCAGCAGGGAAGAACUGGAAACAUGGAGAAAGAAAUGCCACUUCCACCAACCAAAUCUGAGUUUACUUCUCCCCCUCUCUUAUUCAAGACAGGCAUCCCAUCAAACAGAAACAGCGCCUCUUCUCAGUCACAGCCGAGCACUGCAGCCAGAAAAACAAGUUCAGGCGUUGGGAAGUGGCAGGACCGAUAUGGGAGGUCUGAAUCGCCGGAACUAAGGCUUUCUGGUACAAUAGAUGUGAUUGGACAGACAAUCACGAUAAGCCGAGUAGAAGGAAGGCGGCGUGCGAAUGAAAACAGCAACAUACAGGUUCUUUCUGAACGCUCCAAUGCCGACGUGGACAACAAUUUUACCAAGCCCCCUCCGUUUUUUCCUCCAGGAGCUCCUCCCACCCAUCUUCCACCGCCUCCUUUUCUUCCGCCACCUCCAUCUGUCAGUACUGCUCCCCCUCUGAUUCCUCCUCCAGGUAUACCAAUAACUGUGCCACCGCCAGGCUUCCCUCCCCCACCUGGAGGACCACCACCUUCCCUAAUACCGACUAUAGAAAGUGGACAUUCCUCUGGCUAUGAUAGCCGCUCAGCUCGGGCAUUUCCAUAUGGCGGUGUCACCUUUCCGCACCUUACAGGUUCCGCUCCAUCAUGGACUAGUCUCAUGGACACAACCAAACAGUGGGAUUAUUAUUCAAGAAGAGAGAAAGAGAGGGAGAGAGAGAGAGACAGAGAUCGAGAAAGGGAUCGUGACCGUGACAGGGAGCGAGAGCGUACCCGAGAAAGAGAUCGAGAGCGGGAGCAUAGCCCGACUCCUAGUGUGUUCAAUAGUGAUGAGGAGCGAUACAGGUACAGAGAAUAUGCAGAUAGAGGCUAUGAACGGCAUAGAACAAGCAGAGAGAAAGAAGAACGACACCGAGAAAGGAGACAUCGAGAGAAGGAAGAGACAAGACACAAGUCAUCACGAAGUAACAGCAGGCGUCGCCAUGACAGUGAAGAGGGAGACACCCACAGGAGGCACAAACACAAAAAAUCAAAAAAGAGCAAAGAAGGGAAAGAGUCGGCUGGUGGCGAGCCUGCCCCGGAACAGGAAAACAUGGAUGCUACUCCUGCGGAAUAGGCAUGUGUGGUUUUUGUCUACUUGCUUAAAUUAGUGCCAGAAAUAGAUGGCUCUCAAUCCUAAUUAUUUUUUUUGGGUCUAAAAAAAUUGCUCUUCAUCUUGUUCUGUUAACAUAAAGCGUAAGUUU